AUGGACUACAGCAAACGCGUCGAUAUGAUAUCGGCCUAUAAGGAACCGGUAAGCUACCAACCACCAGAAACGCUGGCCGAGAUGGCCAUCAGCACAGACUACCCCAACAGGAACUCCGUGCAAUAUCGUUUGACUGAACCAGUCCAGCAGCCUGAACAUUCGCUGCCACCUUUCCUGGACCUGGUGGCGGUUAACGGACUUGGGAACACUAUUGUGGCCGGCAAUAGCUACACCAGCCGGCUGUGGGCUGGCAGUUUUUGUGGCUGGGAAAAGGUAGAUGAUAUCGGUCAGAAGGAAAGCGUAAGCUUUAGCAGGCACUGCGAAGCAAUAAUAACUGCGCUUUGCUACACGAAAGAUGACGCUCUGUUUCUUCUCGGUAAUGAUAAAGGCUCGAUCGAGCUGUGGUCCACCGGAAAUGCGGUGCGUGGACCGGGUCUCUACCAGGUGGAUAAUCGGUACGAACACAUUGGUGCCAUUACGGCACUGGCCACGUUCAAUGGUGAUGAGCGGAUCGUAGUAUCUGGAUCUUUCGACGGCUGUGUGAAGCUGUGGGAUUACAGUGAAGGGGAUUUGCAUUCGACGAAAACGAUGCAUCACGCCCAUACCGGAGUGAUAGCGGAUAUGGCCACGGAUGCCACGCAGGAUGCGCUAGCCGUUAGCUGCUCCUAUGACCAGUCGGCACUCGUGUGGGACUUCCGAGAAACGCGGCCUGCAGUGGCGUUAUAUGAAAACCACGAUGCCGCAUUCACGACCGUCCAGUGGUGUGACGAGUCGAACUGGAACCGGUUAGUGGCGCUAGGCGAUGCAGCAGGCCGUGUCCAUUUCGUAGACAUCCGACAGCCGAACGUAUUUCUUGAAACAAUCCCGUGUUUCGAUAGGAAGAUUCGUAGGAUUUCCUUCAACGGAAAACACUUCGCUGUUCUUGGUAAUACUGCGGAGGUGAAAUUUUUCGAUGGCAAAUCGAAGGAAAUUCACGUAGAAAAAAGUGCAACAAACUAUGUGCGUGAUAUUGUUUGGAAGCAACAGACGGGCGAAAACAUUAUUUCUUGUACGCUUCUGGGUUGGGACAGUUAUGUUAAAAAGCUUAUCAUUGGUAAUUGA